UUGUGGGCAACACAGUGAAGGCCUGCUACUGUGAACUAUCUCGUCUCAGACAUUCAGUAGUAGUAUAUUUUUCAAAGAAAUCCCACGCAGCGGUUUGUUAGGGUAGAGGCGAAGCUGGUUCCAGCCGGUUGCCGGAGCUUCUGCAGUUAAUUUCUUCAAACAGAGCUGAUUACGGUGCUCAUCAACAACAGGUCGAAGUCUGAUACCAGAGGGAAAAGAAGAUACCAUAAUGGCGAUUCCCUGCAGCAGUAACACCAGUUUCUUUGAUUUUGCUUUAGAUGACCAUCUGCGGUCGCAUCACAUGUCCUCCAGCACUAGCACUAGUUGCUUUGAUCUUGCUUUAGAUUUUCUAUGCAAGCUUGAGAAGUCCGUCGAUUUCCAGCUCUUCGGUAUCGCGGAUCUGAAGGAAAACAUAAGAUUCUUGAAUUCCUUUUUUCUGUAUGUCAAGAAGUGUAGGAGGAGGAACCGUGAAGCGCCUUUGGAGCAUGAUCAGGAGGACGCGGGUAAAACGAUUUUGGAGCAUGAUCAGGAGGACAAGGGUAAAGAGCUUUUACAGCAUGAUCAGGAAGAAGCGGGUACUAUUCUGUCUGAAAGUUUGUCACAUAGUGCUAUUUGCUUCGGAAUUCAAGGUAGGGUUAUUAAGAUGGUUCAUGAUCUUCAGUCUGCUUAUCUUUUAUACGAAGGUUCUGAUGAGUCAGAUAGAAUGCCAAUAGUAUUUAUUGCGAUAGCCAGAUCCUUGGAUGAUAUUUGGUCAUUUCUUAAGACAGAUAUCAUGGAAUCAUGCACCGUCAUCUUCCUCGACUAUUACCCGCCAGGAGAUCCACAACUAGUUAUGGAUCUUAUUGCAUCCCUUUUGGAGUCUCUGAGGCAACCUUUAAUUGAGUUAGAGAAUACUAUGAGACACGAGCUAAAGCUUUUAAGGAGUCUCAUUUGCUUUGCAAUAGUGCGAGGUGUUGAGUGUACGCAAUUGACAGAUCUCUUGACUCACGCUGCAGUUGUGGUUGAACAGGCAAUUUUUGAGUGUUGCUUUGACAGCGAUGAAGAACAAGCGCCUAGUCAAACGGACUCUGAAAUUUAUGAGUUGAUGGAUGAGAAUAUAGAUCCUUUUGGUCCCCAAGUCCGAGAAACUUGCAUGCAUGUCCUGACGGCUUCAAAGAAACAAUUAAGAUCAUCAUAUGCUUUAGCCCUUGAGCAAAAUGAGCAUCGAGUGCUAGUCGAAUUUAUUGAUUCUCUCCUAGAUUAUCUUACGGAUCUUCUAGGAUAUUGUGCUAGUUUUCAGGUUCUGGUAAAGGAUCAAAUGCUAAAACUCCAUCAAGGAGUAAAAUACUUGAGUAUCCUUCUUGAACAGGAGAAGAAACUAGGCGAUGAAAUUAAGGAUCUUGUUGGAGUUGUGGUCCAUGAUGCAGGAACUCUGAUCUUCUCCCUUUCUGUCAACGAAAUCAAAGAAGGUUUUUCCAAGGAAACAGAUCUUGUGUUGUUUCAUUUGUACAAAGUUCUCAAGUAUAUGAUGGCAGAGCUUGCGCACAAUUAUCCACUAACAUCACCACAUUCAUCAUUUAAUUAUCCUAGAUCCAAUGAGUUGGGCUGUAUGGAUUUUUUCCUAAAAAAUCUCAAGGAACUAGCAAGGUGUGAUGAGGCUAAUGAUUCAAUUGUUUUUCUACAGGAUAGAAUCCAAAGGAUCGAAAAAGAUCUUGAAUUCUUGAGACAUGUCCUGGUGAAUAUCAAGGAGCAGCGCUAUCAGAAUAGAAAACUCCAAGCUUUUUGGAGUCAUGUUAUGGAGGCUGCAUACAAGGCAGAGUUAUUGAUUGACUCAACACUAGUUAGUGAUAAAUGUGAAGAUUCUUUGGAUGCUGUUGCUAGAGAUAUCAAUCUUCUGAAGAUUGAGGCUUUGGAGAUCCAAAAUGGUCAAAUCCAGAGAGUUAACAAGACGUCCAUUCACAUACCAUCACAACUUAUUGCCACCAUUCACAAUGAAGAUCUGGUGGGUGUCGAUGACAAGGUGAAAUCUGUCAUUGAUCGACUUAGGAGUGGAUCAAAGCAGUUGGAUUUUGUUCCCAUUGUAGGUAUGCCUGGGAUUGGUAAGACCACAUUAGCCAAUAAAGUUUAUGUUGCUGAUUCAGUUACGUCACAUUUUCAUGUGUGUGGCUGGUGUUAUGUCUCUCAAAUGUAUAGCAUGCGUAGUUUGUUAGUUCAGCUUUUGUGUAGUAUUUCUUCUGAGAGUCCUGAAAAAUAUCAUAAGAAGGAUGAAGAUGAUUUGGCCAAGGAGCUAAAGCAAGUUUUGCUGAGAAAUAGGUAUCUCCUUGUUUUGGACGACUUGUGGGACAUUGAGGCAUGGAAUUUGUUGGUAAAAUCAUUGCCAAAUGAUGCCAAUGGAAGCAGGAUUCUCUUCACCAGCAGAUUUCAGAAUUUGUCUUCAAAAUUCAAACCUGAUACUGAGCCUUACUAUCUCCGCCAACUUACGGACGAAGAGAGUUGGACAUUGCUGCAGAAAAAGCUAUCUGACAAAGGAGGUUGUCCUCCAACAUUAAGUGAAGUUGGAUCUCAAAUAGCAAAAACUUGUAGGGGCUUACCCCUUACAAUUGUCCUUGUUGCUGGAAUUCUUGCUACCACUGCACAAGAUAGCUGGGAAGAAGUUGCAAAAAGUCUUAGUUCUACUGUCCUUGACAAUGAAUAUUGCAUGAAGACGCUUGAGUUGAGUUAUAAUCACUUACCAGAUUAUUUGAAGUCAUGCCUUCUAUACUUUGGUGCAUUUCGAGAAGAUGAGGUCAUUAAUGUCCGCAGGUUGUUAUGGCUUUGGAUCUCUGAAGGAUUCGUGCAAAAGACUGAAGAAAAGAGCUUGGAGGAAGCAGCUUACAACUACUUGAUGGCUCUGAUUAAUAGAAGUUUAGUUAUGGUUACCGACCAAAGAACUACGAGUGGUGCCAAAGCCUGCCAACUUCAUGAUUUGGUACGCGAGUUUUGUGUGGAAAAAGCCAAAGAAGAAAGUUUUCUACGUAUUAUUCAAAGUUGGGAAGACCCUUUUAGUCUUGCUGAACCAAGCAGCCACCACCGAGUUUGUGUUCAAAGUAGCUGGGAAUUGAAGACUUGGGAGUUAGUGAUAAUUUUUCCCAAUUUACGCUGUUUGCUGUUGUUUGGAUAUGAUGCUUUUGACUGUGAAGAGAAGCCUUCGAGGAUUUUGUUACCUAAGCUUCUUAGAGUGUUGGAUUUGGGGGAUUGGGGCUCUGGUGAAUCAUUUCCAAUGGAAGUUUUAUUGCUUGUUCACUUGAGAUACCUGGCUCUCUGUAGAAUAACAUCAAUGCCAUCUGCAAUAGCCAACCUCUCAAGGUUAGUAACUCUCAUCAUAAAACAUCCAGAGAGUAAUAUUGUGCUGCCAAAUACUAUUUGGAACAUUAGGACAUUGAGUUAUCUACGUACUAUAUAUUGGAAAAGAGGUUUUAUUUUUGCAGAUGGAAAUCUUGAAGUAGCCCCAGAUUUAGAUCAUUUGGACACGUUAAACCUUGCAAUUGAUCCCUUGUCUCAAAACUUGCAAAAGUUACUGAAAAAAUUACCAAGCAUCCGCAGGCUAAAAUGUAUGAGAGAUGACGAAUCAAUCGAUGACGAAUCAAGUGAUGAUGAAUCAAGAGAAGCUACCAGAAAUUGUGAUGAGAUUCUUGUGUUUGACUGUUUGAGUCAACUAGAGUCACUUCAUUUGAUUGGUUUUCAGGGAUAUGGGUUUAAAUUCCCGUUGAAUUUGAAGAAGUUGACUCUCUCAAAGAAUGGUCAGCCAUGGGGUGAAAUUUCAACAAUUGGAAAGUUGCCUAAUCUUGAAGUGCUUAAAUUACACGAUUCCUCCUUUAUUGGGGAAGAAUGGGUAAUGAAAGAAGGGGAGUUCCCUAACCUCCGAGUCUUCUGAUAAUUUUUUCCGUCUUGAGAAAUUGGCUGUGAACCAGUGUAGGAAGCUUGAAGAGGUCCCUUCUUGUUUAGGGGAAUGUGAGACUCUUGAAAUGAUUGAGGUGAAAUGGUGCCGCGAGUCUGUUGCAAAUUCUGUAAAGCAAAUUCAGCAAGAACAGAUGGAUCUGGGAAAUACGGAUCUAAAGAUCGUAAUUGAAGAUUGUUAUGAUGAUACACCCAUUCUCUCCAAAGAAUAGUCGAAUUCCUCACAAGCAGAGUCAAUUCCCUUAGAGGCAGAGGAGAUUUCCUCUCACCACACUUGAUCAGCAGGUUUCCUCGGCAGGAGAGCCUUUUUCUUCUCACCACACCAGACAAGGGUGAAGACUCAAGCAUUCAUCGUCUCUUCUUGAUUCCUCGUGCCUCUUCUUUAUCUGUACAUACGUUGUAUCAGUUUGAUGACAUAAUAGUUCAUUUGUACUGAAGCAAUUUUUAGAGCUUCCAGAUUAUUUGGUUUGAACUUGAUGCAGCUGUAUUACUUUGUCAUUGCAGGGGCAAGCACAGUCAUGCAUUCUAUCAGUCCAACAUUAUCCGUCAUAAUCUAUUUGUAAAAUGUUCUCCAUGCCCUCUUCUGGUUUGAUGUUUAUUAGUGUUUAUGAACCCAAUUUUUGAAAUCUUCUUCAUGUUCUUUUCUAGUUCGAGGUUCAAUAUGCUUGUAUAUCAUCAUCCCAGUUUGUUAAAUCUUCUUUGAUGCAGCUAAGAUUGAUGUGAUGCUUAUAAGUUAAAACCAGCUAAGAUUGAUGUCAUGCUAGAUAAACUUUUCUGUUCCUUUAUUGUAUCACAGAUAAGAGUAAUACAUAUAAUUGUAACUUGCUUCUGUUUA